AUGGUGAUGGCUAAUCAUAGGUUUGAAUAUGGAUUUGUGAAUCACUUCAGUUACAAAGAAAAUACAAAUUUAAUUUUAUUUUUGAGUCAAACCCCAUUUAGAGAGGAAGAAUAUUUUAUUUCCUUCCAUUAAUAAUUCACUUAAGUCCCAGAUGUGUACUUAAAUAUUGCUAGACUUGAUCUGGAAUAUACAUUUCCUUAAGGAUAUUCAUUAAAUAUAGUUAGUGUCAGCACUGUCGGUGAUAUCUUAAUUUAUUUUAUAGGAUUUAAAGUCAAAAUAGUUUGUGAGAGUCCAGAAAGAUUUUAUCGAGUUGAAUUUAACUGGUUUGCAUUUAAUGAUGAAAGGGUCUAAGUUAUAAAUAAUUUGAAUAUAACAAAUCCAAAAUCUUCAUACAUUCAUACUUACUAAAAGGAUUGUAAAAUUAAUGUGGCAAUCUCCAAUUUUGUAAGCUAUUACGCUCUAGGUUCUUAAUUUAAUAAUUUAACAGUAUACAAUAUAUAUAAUUUAGGGAUUAAUAUUAACAUCUGAGACUGUAACUAUAAGUUUUUAUAUAGAAAACCUUAAACAAAUUGGAUAUCAAAUAUUAUUGAGUAGAUCUGAUAUUUUUUUGAUUGGCCCAACUAUAACAAGCAUAAAACCUGAUGGAUCAAGUUAAGUUGUCAAUUUUCCAUCUGGAUGGGGUAUAAGAAAUUGUUAUUUAAAUCUUUUGGGAUUUUAACAUGAUGGAUCUGAUUUAAAUAUUAGAUAUGAAACAAAAGUGACAUAUCAAUCAGAAAUUACUGUUGGGAUUUAUCCAUGUAAUCAAUCAUCAUUAUUGUAGGGGGUCCAACUAUUAUCUUAUCAAUAUAACAUAAUCAUUUUUGUAUUAAUGAUCCUUAUUUUGAACUGGCUAUAUUUAAAGGUUUGAUAUAAUCUAGAUUUUUUGAUCCAUAAGAUUAAAUAGAUACUCAUAUUGAAAUUUAGGAAAUAAACUACUCUUAAAAUUAAAUUUUACAAGAAUAAAUUACAAUAGCAAAAGAAAUUGGUUCUAUAAAGAUUAUAUUUUACUGGAAAUGCUUAGAUAAGGAAGUUUUNUGAGUCAAACCCCAUUUAGAGAGGAAGACUAUUUUAUUCCUUUUCAUUAGGAAUUCACUUAAGUCCCAGAUGUGUACUUAAAUAUUGCUAGACUUGAUCUGGAAUAUACAUUUCCUUAAGGAUAUUCAUUAAAUAUAGUUAGUGUCAGCACUGUCGGUGAUAUCUUAAUUUAUUUUAUAGGAUUUAAAGUCAAAAUAGUUUGUGAGAGUCCAGAAAGAUUUUAUCGAGUUGAAUUUAACUGGUUUGCAUUUAAUGAUGAAAGGGUCUAAGUUAUAAAUAAUUUGAAUAUAACAAAUCCAAAAUCUUCAUACAUUCAUACUUACUAAAAGGAUUGUAAAAUUAAUGUGGCAAUCUCUAAUUUUGUAAGCUAUUACGCUCUAGGUCCUUAAUUUAAUAAUUUAACAGUAUACAAUAUAUAUAAUUUAGGGAUUAAUAUUAACAUCUGAGACUGUAACUAUAAGUUUUUAUAUAGAAAACCUUAAACAAAUUGGAUAUCAAAUAUUAUUGAGUAGAUCUGAUAUUUUUUUGAUUGGCCCAACUAUAACAAGCAUAAAACCUGAUGGAUCAAGUUAAGUUGUCAAUUUUCCAUCUGGAUGGGGUAUAAGAAAUUGUUAUUUAAAUCUUUUGGGAUUUUAACAUGAUGGAUCUGAUUUAAAUAUUAGAUAUGAAACAAAAGUGACAUAUUAAUCAGAAAUUACUGUUGGGAUUUAUCCAUGUAAUAAAUUAUCAAUAUUGUAGGGGGUCCAACUAUUAUCUUGUCAAUAUAACAUAAUCAUUUUUGUAUUAAUGAUCCUUAUUUUGAACUUGCUAUAUUUAAAGGUUUGAUAUAAUCUAGAUUUUUUGAUCCAUAAGAUUAAAUAGAUACUCAUAUUGAAAUUUAGGAAAUAAAUUACUCUUAAAAUUAAAUUUUACAAGAAUAAAUUACAAUAGCAAAAGAAAUUGGUUCUAUAAAGAUUAUAUUUUACUGGAAAUGCUUAGAUAAGGAAGUUUUAAAUGUAACAAUAUUUUGUACUGAUGAAUGGUGUUCUUCUCCUACUAUCAAGUGUGAUGUCAAUAAAAUUAAAAUAGUAAGAUUAUAAGCAAAGUUUUAAUUAAACUAAAUUUCAGAGCAAUAUAUUAAAAUAGCUAAGACUUCUGUUUCACUGACUGCCUCCUAAGUUAUUUAAUAUAACAAUCCAUUUGAAUAAGUUUUAUUAAAAAUAGAAAUAUAAUGA